CGCGACCACCACCACCGCCGCCGACACCACCGACGACGACGACGCCACCUCCUCCCCCUCCAUGGCCGCCGCUUACCCGGCUGCCGCCGCCGCCGCCGUCGUCGCUGCUGCUGCCGCUGCCGCUGCUGCAUUGUGGGAAGCGGCCGCCUGAGCCGGACCCACCUCACUCGCCGCCGCCGCCGCCCAGACCGACUCCUGCAUCAGCCGCCGCCGCCGCCAUCGCCAUGGGGGCCGUCACCGACGAUGAAGUUAUUCGCAAGCGACUUUUGAUUGACGGAGAUGGUGCAGGUGAUGACAGACGAAUUAAUUUGCUGGUGAAGAGUUUCAUCAAAUGGUGCAAUUCUGGAUCGCAAGAAGAAGGGUAUACCCAAUAUCAGCGCAUGCUGAGCACUCUGUCACAAUGUGAAUUUUCAAUGGGAAAAACGUUACUUGUAUAUGAUAUGAACCUCAGAGAAAUGGAGAACUAUGAAAAAAUCUACAAAGAUAUAGAAAAUAGCAUAGCCGCAGCACAUGAAAAAAUUGCAGAGUGCAAAAAGCAGAUUCUUCAAGCAAAAAGAAUACGAAAAAAUCGCCAAGAAUAUGAUGCUUUAGCUAAAGUAAUACAGCACCACCCAGAUAGGCAUGAAACACUGAAGCAAUUGGAAGCUCUGGGAAAAGAACUUCAACAUCUUUCCCAUAUAAAAGAAAACGUUGAAGACAAACUGGAAUUGAGACGAAAGCAAUUUCAUGUUCUUCUGAGCACCAUCCAUGAACUUCAACAAACACUGGAAAAUGAUGAGAAAGCAGAAGAAUCCUCUGACACGCCAAUGGAAGCAGAAGAUAAACAAUAGAUAGGCCCUAGGAGACUCUUUGAAACUGCUUAGAAGACUGGAGUAUCUUGUCUCCCAAAGACUCACAGUGUUGCAGCUCUGCACUUCUCAGAGCCAACAGUUGUAUGGAUUUUUCACUGAUGUUAUCCAAGAGAUUAUCCACCUAGUAAGAAAAAUGUGAAGUACAACAAAAUAAAAUAAGUGUAUUGGAGUUAAAAGAAAGAUAAAAGGUUUCAGGCGCUGAAGAAGGUUGUUCUGGAUGGUGGUUUUUUAAACAUAGUAGAAAAAUGUAGAAACAGUGGAGA